ACUAUAUAACCAAAAUUUUAAGAAAGGAAUAAACAGAAAUUUCUUCCACAAUUCCACAUGUAACUUCAUAGAUCAUAGCACUUUCAUUCAUUGUGUUGCUUUAACAUGCACUAUAAAUUAAUUCUUUCUUGUUCUUUAAUAUCAAAACUUUAAACCAAAAACUAGAAGGAAGCAAGAAGAGAGAUUAAUAGAGGAAAAUUUAUCGUUCAUUUUUGGAAUAUGGAUGUAGCUGCUGGUGGCGGUUUCAAAACCGUUACUUCUCCUGUUCCUUACCUCUAUAGUGGCAUAGCUCUCAUGCUUGCAAUUGCAACGUUUGCAUUAAUUGUUCUAGCUUGUUCUUGUCAUGAUAAUUCAACAUCUACCACUUUAGCAAAUGAAGAGAAAACUAUCAAGAAUGUGGAAAAGGUGAUGGAUUUAGAGCCUAAGAUUGUUGUAAUAAUGGCUGGAGAUAGUAAUCCUACAUACUUGGCUAAACCUGUUUCAUCAACAUGCCAUACUGAAGAAAUGGUUUAGACAUAAGCAUCUUUUCAAAUUGUGAUUGUGUUGUGGAAAAUGCUGCUGAUUCAUUCAAACUUACAAUUGUGAUGGUUAUGGAGAAUUCUAGCCAUGGUCAUGAUUGAAAUCAUCAGCACAAUGGAGGGAAAAUGAAGAAGAAAGAAAAAUAGCUACUAUUAAUGUUUUCUUGUCCAUUGAUGCUUAUUUGUACUAUUUAUUUAAACUCAUGAUAAUUGUAUGAGAUGUGAAGUCUUAGAGUAGAAAUGAUAUGAAGUAUAUAUGGUUGUUUUA